UGGUCUCUGUUCCAUUCCUGUGCCCCACAUCUCCUCAGUCUCCCUUCCCUCCCUCCCCCCCCUCACUGGUCUCCCAUACAUUCCAUCCCUCCCCAUUGGUUUCCGUUCCAUUCCAUCCCUGCCUCACCUCGGUUCUGUAGGCACUCCUACCCCAGCCCCGGGUCCGUUGGUGUCGUCGGGGCUUCCCGCUGGCCCAACAGAAGUUCCUGCCAUGGCUCGACACCGGCGCCCUGGCCGCUGCGCCCGAGAGCCAGCAGUUCGCCCUUCCAGCUCAUUUUGGAGACUGGCGCUGCUCCUGGCCCUCCUCUGGGUCGCUGCCACCGCUUGGGGCUACGCGGGCUACCGAAAGGCUCAGACUACGGCGAAGCAGGAGGCAAUGCUGAGGGCUCUGGGGACAGAAGGCCAAUCCCUGUUCUCCUCUCUGGACACUGACAGGGACCUUUACAUCAGCCUGGAGGAAUUCAGGCCCAUUGCUAAGAGGCUGAAACUCAGAGACGAGAGGUGUAUGGAUGAUGAACAUGAGAGAAGAGGAAACAUUGUGGCAUCACCUUAAAGUAAAGCUUCAUUUUCCCACCUGAGGAAUAGCUCACCUGCUCCUCCAUGGCAGGAUGAGGACAAGAGAGGACACAUGAGAAAAUCCCUGGACUGGCAAAGUGCUGCAGAAAUGCUGGAAACCAUUAUUAAUGGUCACUAUCACCAAUGAGUGAUACUCAUUGACUGACCAAGACAAUGACCAGCCUCCUCAGACCCCCAAGCUCCUUUUGUCAUGGGUUUUAGUAUGAUCUCAGCUGCUCUCAAAAAUGGAAGUUCAGAUACUUUUAUGGUGGCAGUUUACAAAUGUGUAAAUAAUAAAAGCUAGUAGGACCUCA